ACUUCUUUCAAAAAUAACAAAAAAAAAUACGAGUAACAAAAAAAAAAAACAGAUGUGGCGGCAAAAUUAAACUCAUCUUUAGUCGGAGACUCUUUCUCUUCCGGUAAAGACUACCAUGAGAGCACGAGCCCUUCAUCUCCGAUCACUUAUCAGCUCUACAACGAUUAGCCUUAGACGUCCUUCAAGUCUUUCUGCUUUGCAGCCUCCGUUUACCUCUCUUUCGCACUUCUCUUCUCUAUGCAAUCUACAGGAUCGAUACCCCCAGAAGUCAUUAUCUAGAUUAGAUAUCAAAGACUCGCUCGUCAGCCGUUUGUGCAGAGAGAACAAAUUCAAAGAAGCCAUUGAUAUCCUUUGCCAGCAAAAACUUUUAAAGGAUGCCAUUGGACUACUCGAAAACGAAAUCCAUUACCCUUUUGCUGCCAUAUACUCUACACUUUUCCAACUCUGCAUUGAGCAACGUGCGAUUGAUGAAGGGAGGAAAGUGCACGCCCACUUGAAAAGGUCGAACUUCACGCCUGGGAUCUUCAUAUCCAAUCGAAUUAUUGAGCUUUAUUGCAAAUGCGAGAGACUUUCAUGUGCUCGUCAAGUGUUUGAUGAAAUGUGUGAGAGGGAUUUGUGUUCUUGGAAUAUCUUGAUAUCUGGUUAUGCAAAGUCCGGGUUAAUUGAGGAUGCCAGGAAGCUGUUCGAUCAAAUGCCUGACAGAGAUAACUUUUCUUGGACGGCCAUGAUUUCGGGUUAUGUCAGACACGCCAGACCCGAAAAUGCACUGGAGCUGUAUGGGGCGAUGCAGAGAGCUGAGGGUUGUAAUUGUAAUAAGUUCACAGUUUCUAGCGCUCUGGCAGCUUCAGCUUCUAUCCAGUCUUUAAAGUUGGGGAAGGAGAUCCAUUGCCAUAUCAUGCGAAUGGGGUUGGAUGCAGAUGCUGCUGUUUGGAGUGCAUUGUCUGACAUGUAUGGGAAAUGUGGGAGUGUGGAUGAAGCAAGACAUAUUUUUGAUAAGACAUUGGAUAAAGAUGUAGUUUCAUGGACAUCAAUGAUAGAUAGGUACUUCAAGGAAGGGAGAUGGGAUGAAGGAUUUUCUUUAUUCUCGAAUCUGUUGGGUUCAGGAGUUAGGCCCAAUGAGUUUACUUUUGCUGGACUUUUGAAUGCAUGUUCAUGUCAAACAUCUGAAUAUAUGGGUAAACAAAUCCAUGGAUACAUGUUACGAAAUGGUUACGACAUUCUUGCUUUUGCAACGAGUGCCCUUGUUCAUAUGUAUGCAAAGUGUGGGAACGUCGCAAGUGCUUAUAAUGUUUUUAAGGAGCUUCCGGGACCCGAUUUAGUUUCUUGGACUUCAGUCAUUAAUGGUUUUGCCCAGAACGGUCAGCCACUUGAGGCACUUGCCUAUUUUGAACGAAUGCUGGAAUCUGGUGUUUGUCCUGAUCAUGUUACCUUCAUUGGGGUUCUGUGCGCUUGCACACAUGCAGGUUUAGUUGAUCAGGGGCUGGAAUAUUUCCACUCAAUAAAGGAAAAACACAGAUUAACUCAUACUCAAGACCAUUACGCUUGUGUUGUUGAUCUAUUAAGCCGUUCAGGAAGAUUUAAAGAGGUUAAAGAUAUUAUCGAUCAAAUGCCAAUGAAACCCGAUAAGUUCUUAUGGUCUUCUUUACUAGGCGGGUGUAGAAUUCACAGAAACCUUGAAGUUGCAAGAAAAGCAGCAGAAGCACUGUUUGAAUUAGAACCCAACAAUGCAGCCACUUAUGUCACCCUUGCAAACAUGUAUGCUGAGUCCGGUAAAUGGGAUGAGGUGGCGGAGAUUAGAAAAAUCAUGGAUGAUAAAGGAGUGGUGAAGAAACCAGGUAAGAGCUGGGUUCAUGACCACAGGAAAGUCCAUGUAUUUUUGGCUGGUGAUGACUCACACCCUAGAUCUAAAGAGAUAUACGAAUUCUUGGGUGAGCUUUCAAAGAAAAUGAAAAAGGAAGGAUAUAUCCCUGACACUGAUAUGGUGCUGCAUGAUGUUGAAGAAGAGCAAAAGGAGGAGAAUUUGUUUUAUCACAGUGAGAAGUUGGCGGUUGCUUUUGGAGUUAUUUCUACUCCGCCAGGGACGGCAGUUAAGGUCUUCAAGAAUCUGAGGAUUUGUGUGGACUGCCAUACCGCUAUGAAAUAUAUCUCUAGUAUUGUGCAAAGAAGAAUUGUCAUAAGGGAUUCUAGCCGGUUCCACUCUUUUAAGGGUGGGAACUGUUCCUGCAGUGACUACUGGUGAUUCAAUGCUGGACAUGAUUAUCACAUUCAUAAAUUCCUUGAUUGUUAUAUGUGAUCUGGACCAAAAUAUGCUCAUAUGCCUACAUCCCUAUUUACAUUAUGGCAUUAUGCAGGGUGUAGGCCUGUAAAGGAGUCGAAGAUCCGCUGUUUAAUAAAUUUCUUGCAGACUUGUCUGGAGGAAGAAUAGUCUGUUG